AUGACUAUUCACUUCCUUGUCACUAUAUUAGAACUAAAAAUUGAUAUGCCUGAGGGUGUUGGCCAUUCAAACAAAUCUUGUUUACAUCUCAAGAGUAAAAGAAAUAAAUGUAACAGACACUUUGUAUAUGAUAUCAAUUAUCUUAACAAGUGCUCCUGCAACUGUACAAGAUCAGACAGAUACCAGAUAUACCAUUAUAGCAUGGAAGGACGCCCAGCUCGCUUCCCGUGUCCCUACUGUAACAAGGAGUUUGACUUCGCAAGUUCCCUAGAGCGGCAUCUUCGAGUACACACUGGCGAAAAGCCUUUUGCUUGCCCGCUCUGCCCCUACCGCACAGCCCAGCGAUAUAACCUUGAGCGACACAAACGCACCCAUGAAAAUAAGAUGCCUGUGUUACAUUCAGUGAUAAAUUCUUCAAAAUGA